AAGGACGGAUCAACUAUGACUACUAGGUACGUAAGCCAAUUACAUGGUCUGGGUCUAACAUUGACGAUGUCAGUAAGCCGUCGAGCGACACUGAGCCCAAGCCUGACUAGCGUUACCUUCGGCAAGAUGUAAUGUAUGUACAUAUUCAUACUGAUACUACCUAAAACUGAAGACAGCAUGACUGUUCGUGGCGGUGAUUUCAAGGAAGGACUUCUGCCGUGACACGAAAAUUCUGACUUAAGGAAAUUGGAAUGAUGGCAUUCACAAGAAAAAUAGAACGAAAAGAACCGGCCGACAAUGUCGGGUCGAUUGGCGGGAAUUCGGGGCCCACACCGAUGAGAUGCUGUCAAGAAAAAUUUCUUGGCUUCCCCGUUGUGUUUCCGACGGGGAUUCCGCGAAUGAGCCAAACGUGCAACCCCAUAGAAUUGGUUGGAAACAGUUCGGGUAGGUGACCGGCCACGCCCGAUCACAUAUAGUCGGUCUGCUUAUCUCUGCACCUUUGCUGUGCUACGUUACAAUAUUUGGACUCGAAGGAUGGCCUAUAUACGUAAGCUCCCCCGCAAAACGUAUGAGGUUUCUGAUUACGUGAUUCGACCGUGCUUCAGAACUAGGACGAAGAGGUUCAGGUAAGCCACAAUCACAUGUACCCGAUUUUUGGUUCCUCUGAAAUGGAAAGUCGACUUAGAACCGUAACAUCGAUGCGGAAUAACUAGAAGCUUGGCCAGCAAAGUUCUAGGUCUGUCCUGAGAUGCUAGGACCGGAAGACUCGGGAGAUUUUAGUGGGAAUUAGUAUCCGAGACACUAUCUGUUCGUGGGUUCGUGUAGGCCAAUAGAUGCGCUUUUUCAGCUUAGAACAUGCAUCUCCGACAGAUUUCAUUUCUCUAGUACCGUAAGUAGAAUGACAAAAUGGUGCGAGGUAUUAGUUAUAUACCGUUAACUAUCAUCAACAAGCCACUGCUAUA